AAAGCGAACCCAACCCGUCGGGGCCGCCGCUCCGGACCCGCCGCCGCCGCCUCCUCCCCCCGGAUCGGGUGUACUGUCCCAACCCGAAAGUCCAGUUCUGCGGCCCGGCAGCGGCGAGCGAGCGCGAUGACACAGGAGUACGACAACAAAAGGCCAGUGUUGGUUCUUCAGAAUGAAGCCCUGUACCCCCAGCGGCGCUCCUAUACUAGUGAGGAUGAGGCCUGGAAGUCCUUCCUGGAGAACCCUCUCACUGCUGCCACCAAAGCCAUGAUGAGCAUCAACGGGGAUGAAGACAGCGCCGCUGCCCUGGGCUUGCUCUAUGACUACUACAAGGUUCCAAGAGAGAGAAGGUCGUCAGCUGCAAAGCCGGAUGUUGAGCACCCAGAGCCGGACCACAGCAAAAGAAACAGCAUACCAAAUGUGACUGAGCAGUCCCUCCUUUCUGUGGGAGAAAACAGAGUGCAAGUACUGAAAAAUGUGCCGUUUAACAUCGUGCUUCCCCAUGGCAACCAACUGGGCAUUGACAAGAGAGGCCAUCUCACAGCCCCUGAUACAACAGUCACGGUCUCCAUAGCAACGAUGCCCACCCACUCCAUCAAGACAGAAAGCCAGCCCCACAGCUUUGCUGUGGGCAUGCCCCCGGCAGUCUAUCAUCCUGAGCCCACUGAGCGGGUGGUGGUUUUCGACCGGAACCUUAGUACUGACCAGUUCAGCUCUGGUGCUCAACCCCCAAAUGCUCAAAGGCGGACUCCAGACUCUACCUUCUCAGAGACCUUCAAGGAAGGCGUUCAGGAGGUUUUCUUCCCCUCGGAUCUCAGUCUGCGGAUGCCUGGCAUGAAUUCAGAGGACUAUGUUUUUGACAGUGUUUCUGGGAACAACUUUGAAUACACCCUAGAAGCAUCCAAAUCGCUCCGACAGAAGCCAGGAGACAACACUAUGACCUACCUGAACAAAGGCCAGUUCUACCCCGUAACCCUGAAGGAAGUGAGCAGCAGCGAGGGGAUCCACCACCCCAUCAGCAAAGUUCGAAGUGUGAUCAUGGUGGUUUUUGCUGAAGACAAAAGCAGAGAAGACCAGUUGAGGCACUGGAAAUACUGGCAUUCCCGGCAGCACACAGCUAAACAAAGAUGCAUUGACAUAGCUGACUAUAAAGAAAGCUUCAACACCAUCAGCAACAUUGAGGAGAUUGCUUAUAAUGCCAUUUCCUUCACCUGGGACAUCAAUGACGAAGCAAAGGUUUUCAUCUCUGUGAACUGCCUCAGCACAGAUUUCUCUUCUCAGAAGGGUGUGAAGGGGUUGCCUCUGAAUAUUCAGAUUGACACCUACAGUUACAACAACCGCAGCAACAAGCCCGUGCAUCGGGCCUACUGCCAGAUAAAAGUCUUCUGUGACAAGGGAGCCGAGCGGAAAAUCAGAGAUGAAGAACGAAAACAAAGCAAAAGAAAAGGCAAGUGCACUGACCCCAGCUCCCAGCUGACCGCCUUUUCUGAUGUUAAAGUGCCACUGCUUCCCUCUCACAAGCGGAUGGACAUCACGGUUUUCAAGCCCUUUGUUGAUCUUGACACGCAGCCUGUCCUCUUCAUCCCCGACGUGCACUUCGCUAGCCUUCAGCGGGGCGCUCACGUCCUUCCCAUUGCCUCAGAAGAACUGGAGGGUGAGGGAUCUAACCUGAAGAGGGGGCCAUACGGGGCAGAAGACGAUUUUGCGAUUCCACCACCUGCUAAGCUGGCCCGGAUAGAAGAACCCAAGCGAGUGCUGCUCUACGUGCGGAAGGAGUCGGAAGAAGUCUUUGAUGCCCUGAUGCUCAGGACUCCAUCUCUGAAAGGCUUGAUGGAAGCUAUCUCAGAUAAAUACGAUGUUCCCCAUGACAAGAUUGGGAAAAUAUUCAAGAAAUGUAAAAAAGGGAUCCUGGUGAACAUGGACGACAACAUCGUGAAGCACUACUCCAACGAGGACACCUUCCAGCUGCAGAUCGAGGAGGCGGGGCCAUCCUACAAGCUCACCCUCACCGAGAUCUAGGGCGCGCUGGCCCGCCACUCCCGACGAGCCGCACGAAGCUGUGACGUGGGUCUUUGUGUUCGGCAAGCUGCGCGUGCACGGGUCAGCCACCUUCAAACGCAGGGACGUCGGUGGACGGGAUUCGUUUCGAGUUGGAGAUGGCCUUGCGUUUGGCAAGGAGAUAGCAUUGAAUAUAUCACAUUGGCGUUUUUCAGAUGACAGAGAAAUCCAUAUACCGUUAUGUUUGAAAUUUCUGAUAUAAAUACUUAGGAUUAAAAGUGAAAACUUUGUUCCAAGAUUGAAUAGACUCUCUGGGAACCUUUAGGAUAUCUGCUACAUUAUUUAUAAAAAUAUGGGGGGAUCUUCCUUGUCUCUUCACUGUCAGUGGGCCUGCUCACUAGUGCAAGUCAGAGGAAGCAGUGGGCUUGGCUUGCAGGACCUGGUGCCCGUGUCUGAACCCAGUGUGACUCUGGCUGCCGCAGGCGAGUGGGAGUGGCGUCCCGAGAGGGAAGGGUGAGCCGUUCUCCCUCAGCCUCACGUCCCUCAUGAAUGUUUACUCAAAUAGGGCAUGUUACUGAAAUCUUCCUUUGCGACUUCCUUGAACAUAUCAACUGCCUUUCUUAUGAAGAACUCACAUGGGUUACAGUAUGGAUCAGUUAAGCUAAAGCUGCCUUGUAUAUAAGUGCAAUACAUUCUGAAGGCCUGUGUCUGUAAAUGUGUACAUACAUGUCUUAUAUAAAUAGAUAAUAUAUAAAUAUGGUGUCUGUGUACAUACAGUAAAGAGAUGCAGUGAAGUCUGCUGUAAAGACUUUCCCUUGACAAGCUGUGCAGCUGUUUUUGAGACGUCUCCCAGGCAGACAGAGGGCUGCUCAGCGGAGCCCUGAGACGUGCACUCCGUGUCCUCCCAGACACGGCCGUCGUCCACACCUCCCGACGGACAGCUCUGUUUGCUCCUGAGAGUGUCGUUAGUGGUUUUCUGCACUGUUUAACAAAUGAAGUAAAGGAAAACACUGCUGCAGCUCAUGUCUGUGUGUGUGCUACUGUCAGGCAGAUGUGCCCAGUGGAGAGAACAAACAGUAAUUGCAGCACACCCUGACUGUCAUGUAUCAGUCAGGUGACAGGGUUCAAGACGGGGCCCUUCCUAGUCUUCUCUUACAAGAAACGUUUUGUAUUUUACCAUGUUUCAGAGCCUUCACACUUCGGUUAUCUCGUAAGCUAACAGUUCUAGAAAGCAUUCAUGAAUUGAUGAGACUAUAUUACUGUGGCAGGGAACAAUUUGUAUACAUGUUUAAAUACAUAAAAAUACUGAAAAGCGUAAUUUCAUAACAUAAAAUCACGGGUAUCUUUAGGUUCAGGGAGCUAGAGUGGGUCGUUUGUGUAAGUCGGGUUUAUAGCUACAUUCUUACGUUAAAGUACUCGAAUGAAGUAUGUGAACUAAAUUGCUGGUUUUCUAAGAUAAGAUAUCAUGGGAACGGGGCAUAAUAACAAUAUUUUGUAUUUUGUUUUAUGAAAUUGAUUUUGUCUUGUUUUUAAUUGUAUCAUUGAAGAUGUAUUUUAAACCAAAGGGAUUAAAUUUUAUAUGUCUAUUUCGUAA